CAAAAUAAGAAAGGUGUGUCCACGAACGGAGGAAUUUUACGAUACUGAAAUCUUCAAUCGUGCUUGCGUUGGACGGUCGUUCGCACCAGACCGGAAUGUACCCGGCCCGGUGGUGAAUGCAGUGCAGUGUAGUAAAAUAGUUGCAGGGCUGCCACCAAAUUACAUAAUGGCCAGCAAAUGUGGCGUUGAUUUGUGUCGAAAGAAAAUUGAAGUGUGAAAACCGUGCAGCCGCAGCAGCAUAGGUAGCAGCAGUACCGUGCGGUAGUAGUAGCGGUAGUAAAACGGCAUCCGAACGAACGAAGGCAAAUAACAGGCGGCGGCGCAAAAGCGGGGAGAGACUGGUCGCCGUCGUCGACGUUGUUGCCGCUACGCUACGAACCCGCUACCCCGCCGUUCAUCCGAUUGUGGCAUUCUGUCAUCUCGUUAUCGUGCCCUCGAACCCCUCGUCCCACGGCUCACCACCCCCGCACGGUGGUGCAGGUCUCCUGCUGGUCACUUACGAGCUCCGCCGGGUACGAGGACCCGUGUUUUCCUCGUCCCGUACCUUGGGGGGUGCCGCCGUGGACCGUGUUGUGCGUGACACCUCGAAAAGAAGAUUCUGUGCGAUCCCCGCCGCACCUGCCCAUCCAUCCUACAACACACGUUUUCCCCUCACCCAUCCGUGCGAACCCCGUGCUUUGCUUGACUGAUAAAUAGUGAAAAAAGAGCGAAAGUGGUCACAGUAUUGCGUGUGUUGCUGUUCACGGGCGAGCGAGAGAGAAAGAAACUGCGAAAGCGAGCAGAGGAGUGAAGGAAAAGGCGAAAAAGCGAGCGCGAGCGAUAAAGAGAGUGCGAGUGAGUGUGUAGGCAGUUUCUUGGGGUACCGUGAAAAGGAAAAAAUUCACGGCGAAGCUGAAGCAAAAAAAAGGCGGAAGAAAUUUUGUUUUGGGAGCCACCGAAGGAAAGCAAAAAUAAGUCAAAAUGUGGAAUAUGAUGUGCGACGUGAUGCCGACCAUCUCGGAGGACAAUAUCUCCCAGCGGUCGUCGCAGUUCAGCGGCGAGGAUGCCAACUUCGAGCAGCUGAUGGUCUCGAUGCUGGACGAGCGGGACAAGCUGAUGGACAGCUUGCGCGAAACCCAGCAGCGGAUGGCGGACAUGGAGAUGAAAAUCCAGGACGUGGAGAAGGAACGGGACAGUCUGCAGCGGCAGAUUGCGGCCAACUUGCCACAGGAAUUCUCGACUCUAACCAAAGAACUAACGCAAGCCCGCGAGACGCUGCUGGAGCGCGACGAGGAAAUCGGAGAACUGAAGGCGGAAAGGAAUAAUACCAGGCUCCUGUUGGAACAUCUCGAAUGUCUUGUGUCCCGACACGAGCGAUCGCUACGCAUGACGGUCGUGAAGCGGCAGGCGGCCUCCCAGAGUGGCGUGUCCAGCGAGGUGGAGGUGUUGAAGGCCCUCAAGAGUUUGUUCGAGCACCAUAAGGCUUUGGAUGAGAAGGUUCGCGAGAGGCUCCGGAUAUCACUAGAAAAGAACAAUGAGCUGGAAGAAGAACUCAAUCAAACCAAAGAUGAGCUUCAGCAAUAUAAGUCAGGUGUAUUGUCUAACCAAUCCGACGCGUCACUGGAGAGCGGCAGUGAUAAGAAGGACACCCUGAAGAAUGGUGAGGGCGGGGAGAUGAUCGACUACAGUGCCAAAACGCACGAACUGCAGACGAUCAUCGAGAAGCAGACGGCCGAGCUAUCCCAGUGGCAGCGGCGAGUGUCCGAUCUGAACACCAAGAUCAACGAGAUGGAGGAUAAUAUGUGCAAGCUGCAGAAGGAGUACACCAAGUCGCAGGAGGCGUGCGUCAAGCUGCAGCGCGACCUGCGUGAAAACGUGGCCCAGAAGGAGGACCAGGAGGAACGCAUUGCCACGCUCGAGAAGCGCUAUCUGAACGCGCAGCGUGAGUCAACCUCCCUGCACGACCUGAAUGAGAAGCUGGAACAGGAAUUGCGUCACAAGGAAGCCCAGCUGAAGCUGCAAGAGGGUAAAAUAGCGGCCAUACAGGAGAAGCUGGAAUUGUCGGAGCAAAAGCUGGCGCAGUUCUCCAAGCUGCCCGAAAUGGAGGAACAGUUGAAGGCGCGCAUGGAAGCCCUAACACAGGUAGGCAAUAAGGCACAGGAGCGGCACGGUUCGGCGGAGGACAGAAUCACGCGCCUGGAGAACAACGUGGAGGAGAAGAAUGCCGAAGUGAUGCGCCUGAAUCAAAGACUGAAAAUGAACGAGGAGCACAAUCAGCGCCUAUCGUCGACCGUCGAUAAACUGCUGGCCGAAUCGAACGAUCGGCUGCAGGUGCACCUUAAGGAGCGCAUGACGGCCCUGGAGGAAAAGAACACACUUUCGCAGGAGCUCGAUAAGGCGCGCAAGUACGCGGAGGAGUUGUGCCAGGAGAAGUCGGACAUGCUCAAGGAGAUCGCCAAAAACCGGCUCGAGAUGGAAACGUUCAAGCGCCGUCUGCUGCAGCAGGAAAUCGCGUACAAUAUCCAGCAAACGGAAGCACUUACCCGAAGCUUAUCUCCGAAUGCCGUCAGCAACGCGGGAGGCAACAGUGGGUUCUCGCGAAGCGGCUCGGCCACGUUCAGCACGCACAGCUUACGGCGCAACAAGUCGACGCUGGAGGAGGAACACUUCAACCGGUCGAUGGCCGAGCAGGACUGGAAUAAGCUGCAGCACAUGAGCAAUGCACAAGUAUUUGACAGUGGCGUCCUCGAGGGAGCGGACGAGGCGGACAAUCUGUUCGGCACGGGCGAUAUCAUUUCGCCGACCGGGCACACCGACGCACAAACGCUGGCCAUCAUGCUGCAGGAGCAGCUCGAUGCGAUCAAUAAUGAGAUACGAUUAAUACAGGAGGAAAAACAGUCGACGGAAGCGCGAGCAGAAGAGCUGGAAUCUCGCGUAGGCAGCCUCGAGCAUAUGAAUCUGCUCGCGCGGGGUCGUUCGAUGGAUCGUCAGAGUCCUCCACUGAGUGGAAGCAGCACGCCGAACAGUCCCAACCGGGACUAUCUACAAAAGUAUCAUACGGCGCCAGCGUCGAUGUCGCCAGCGCAUUUACACCAAUACGUUACCACUUUGAAUCAAGUUCCGAUGUCCGAAUCGUUACCCUCUAGCCAAGUCCAACUAGCUCACCUUCAAUCGGAAAUGCAACAGCACGACGAAAUGGUCAACGCCGAGCACGACAUGUCCGCCGGAGGAGGUAUGCUGGGUGGCGAUAACAGUUCCGGUGGAACGAUUUCACCGGGUACGGCUCGCACCAUGCGCCUAGAACGCUUUGCGCUUGCACUAGCGCAGAGUCAGGAGGAACUGAAACGACGAUCACAGGGAGUGUCCGUCCACGGGUCGGAGUUUCCGGGCGAAUCCAGGAACCACUUUGUACCGAGCAACAACUAUGGCAUGUCGCCGCUUAACUCGCGCCACGGAAGCCAGGAGUCGCUAAAGCAUUUAAGUAUGGUUAGCUCGCUGAGUUCACUGCAAACGCCAACUGCCAGCCGGGGAGGCGACUCGGUUUCCGCGGCCCAGAAAAAGAAGGGCAUCAAGUCCAGCCUGGGACGGUUCUUUAGCAAAAAGGAAAAGGUAAAGGGUGUAAAAGAUUCCUCAAUGCCAGACGGCUCAACCAGUAUGAUGUCGAUGAGCGGGCUCUCGUUGAUCAGCGACAUCGAUUCCACGUACGAUAACAUUAGCGUAUCCGGUUACAAACCACCGGGCAAGUCGAAUCCGAUCGAUUACACGAGGCAAAAGAAAAAGGAACACGAUUAUCGACACGAUCUACUGGGCGAAGCAAUGAAAGCCGGAACACCUUUCGCCCUCUGGAAUGGGCCGACGAUCGUGGCCUGGCUCGAGCUGUGGGUUGGCAUGCCGGCCUGGUACGUGGCGGCGUGUCGGGCCAACGUGAAAUCCGGUGCCAUUAUGAGUGCGCUCAGCGACACGGAGAUACAGCGCGAGAUUGGCAUCAGCAAUCCGCUGCACCGGCUAAAGCUCCGUCUUGCCAUACAGGAAAUGGUGUCGCUCACGUCACCAUCGGCACCGCAAACCACGCGAACAACGCUAGCGUUCGGCGAUAUGAACCACGAGUGGAUAGGAAACUACUGGUUGCCUAGCUUGGGUCUACCUCAAUACCGUACCACAUUUAUGGAGUGUCUAGUGGACGCUCGCAUGCUGGAUCACCUCAACAAGAAGGAUCUCCGUGGCCAGCUGAAGAUGGUGGACAGCUUCCAUCGGACCAGCCUACAGUUUGGGAUCUCCUGCCUAAAGCGACUUAACUACGACCGCUCGGCCCUGGAGGAGCGACGGAAGGCGUCGGAAAACAACCUCAGUGAUGUUUUGGUGUGGACGAAUGAUCGCACCAUGCGCUGGGUGCAGAGCGUUGGGCUGAAGGAGUACGCAAACAACCUGCUAGAAUCCGGUAUACAUGGGGCAUUGAUAGCGUUGGACGAAAGUUUCGAUGCAAACUCGAUGGCCCUAGCCCUCCAAAUUCCAACACAAAACACACAGGCCAGACAAAUUUUAGGAUCGGAAUUUAACAAACUACUCGAGCUGUCCACCGAACGGCGCACGGAUCGGGAAUCAAUCAAAUCUUGACAUAAUCCUAGUCAUCCUAGUCUAAAUGGAUAAUAAGUAUGAUAACAUUUAAAAUAAUCUUACUAUUACUGAAGUAAUAAUAAUAUUAAUAAUAAUAAUAACAAAUAUUGAUAAUAAUAUAGCAUUAUUAUUAUAAAUAAUGAAAAUAAUAAUACUAAUAUUAAUAAUAUAACGAUAAUACUUACCAAUAAUAGGCAGAUCGCUGCAAAAUGAAAUAGGUUUGCAAUGGGACUAGAAGAAAGAGCUGGAAGAAGAGUGUUGAAGGAUCACCAACAGCAGGGAGAAAGCAAAUGACACAGCACAGCUAAAACGGAAAAAACAAAGUAUUUUAUGGGAAUAAUAAACGCAAAUAAAGCAGAAAAAACUACAAGAAAAUGCAAGGUAAAAUCGAAUAUGGAAAAACAACAAAGAUACAUACCAGCAGCAUUAGAGCGAUUUAGUAGGGAAAAGAGGAAGCAGAUUCUAAGCUGAGCCCGGGAUAUGGGGAAAAAGCAUGGGGUAGAUAUAUAAUAGAGGGAAAUAAUAUAUAUAUUAUAUAUACAUAUGUGAGGCAGAAGGAACAAAUACGCAUCGAUGUGUGUUAGGGUCACCGGCCAACAAGGCGCAAACACGUGGGCAAAGGAAUAUCUAAUACAACAUUGUCAUAAUUUUAAGGCGAUCGUUCGCAUCACUGACAGAGCUGGCCGGUGAAAACGCAAAACAAAAGUAUAAGUAAAAAAAAAAACCUACAGAAAACAGGAUAAUAGAGACAGUAUGGAGAAGC